GGUCGGACCGGUUGACGUAGUAACUAGAGAAAAGAGAGGGGACGAGACAGAGGUGAAGGAACGAACGAACAAACUGUUCGAUUAUUUGAAAAUUUCCCUUCUGGAGAGUCAUUUAUUUUCUGGAGCACGAAGAAAGAUAUCGGCGCCAAAUAAGUGUGCAUAAUGGCUUUUUAGACAUGUGAUAACAUUUUACACUGUCAUUAAAGGACAGUUUGAGUUAAUUACAACGGAACUAUUUGCGCUGUUCGACAACCUUACUUGUGAAGAUGAUGAAGAUGAAGGCGAAGAACGGGUUUUCCCGGGGGCUGUGUACUACGGUCGAAAGCGUGGAAGAGAUGGGAACGACGGACGGGUGUAGGACUCUCAGGCUCACUCUACAGGACCGGGACCAGCCCGUUCGGACCCCAGAGCAGCACACGGUCAAGCCAAUAGGCCAAGCUGUUGUUCAGCCACCCAAUGAGAGACAACCUCUGAAGCCUGCUUCAAUCAAGCCAACCGAGGAGAAGGUUGAGGUCAUCAAGGUGUACCUGAAGGGACGCAAACAGGAACCAGGUCAGCAGCAGAAUCUCAGGAUGCUGUCAGACGAAGUGUCUCAGAUACAGGAGGUGAGGUACUGUCUGAAAACACUCCGAGAACAAAUGGCUGCCAGAAAUAACAACAACAACAAGGUCGAGCACACGUCCCCAGCCAAUGGCUUUAGCUUCGACUCAGUUGACAGCCAAUCGGCCGCUCGCAGCGACAACCAGGAAGUGCCAGUGCCAGAGCAGCAGGAAUGGGAGGAGGAAGAUGAUAGUGCCAGGCUGAGGGAGGUGAGCAGGCGCUUGUUCUCCCGGCUGCAGGAGACGGAGCAGAGACACCACUCAGAGAGAGAGAGACUGCAGGAGGAGUGCGGGCAGUACCAGCAGCAGCUGUCGGCGCAGACGCAGACGCUGCAGAGGGCGGAGGUGCGGGCGCAGGUGCAGGACGAACGCGUGCGGGAGCUGCAGAGGCUGCUGGCGGGCAUGCAGCGCGAGAGCGCCGCCCUGGAGGACCGGCUGGGGCAGCGCGAGCAGGAGCUCAGCCAGCUCCGCACUGACCGGGACGGCGGCAGCGAUCAGAGAGUGGAGGAGCUGGAGAAGGAGCAGGCCAUUUUGAAGGAGAAGAUCCAUCACCUGGACGACAUGCUGAAGAGCCAGCAGAGGAAGGUCCGCCACAUGAUCGAACAGCUGCAGAACUCGCGCACAGUGAUCCAGGAGAGAGACCGGGUGAUCCACGACCUGCAGGAGAAGGUGGCCUUCCUGGAGGCUGAGAACCGGGAGCUCCAUGAUCAGAUGGAUUUCUACCUGGGAGGACAGGGCAGCAGCUCUUACCAAAGUCCUGACCACAGAGGACAGAUCGUCUACAGUAAGCCCCUCACGCCCAACGGACACACCAACAAGCCCCUCCCCUUCAUCAAAGUCAUCGAGAUCAAGUCGUGAGGCGGAGCCAGGGCACGGACCAAUCAGGACGGAGGAAGCAGGUGUCGACACAGUGUGACACGGCCAAUGCACUAAUACAGCCUUACCGUAGCGCCUACCGCCGUCCGCGGCGGGACAUCACUCAAUUAACACCGACUGCCUUCUGUACAUAUCCAGUGGCGAUAUUAAAUAUUUAUAGCCAUACAUUUACUCUUGUAAGCGUAUAGAUGUAGGGAGCUGUGUAUGGGGAGGAGACGUGAUUAAGGGUUUAAGUUAGCGCCGUGCUAAUGCGACGUCCGCGUGAACAUUUUCGUGUGAAGUUAGCAACGGCUAACUGUCUUUGGGGAACAGAGGCUAGAGGAUAGAGGAACUAGGUCCUCUAUUGAAUGUCCUCUUUGAAUGAGACGUAACUAUGCAGAACUGAUGCGCAGAACUGAUGCACAGAAAGGCCCUGGAAGUCAGAGGAAAGAGAUGUGUGUCGUGAAGACCGUUAUGUACUUCGCGAUUCUAUUCAGACUACUCAAAUUAUCGAAACUCGGUGGAAUAAUGUGCAUCCUUUCCUAAAUUGCGAACAUACCAAGCUGUAAGAAUGGUUCAUCGACUAAAGCUUUCCUCCGCCUUUUUAUUUAUUUAUUUAUGCAUUCCCUAAAAUGUAUAGAUUGUUUCUUCACAUAUCUUAAAUAAAUAACUAAUCUUUUUUGUUUAAAACAAACACAGCUUGACAGUAGAACUGCCAUAUACGUAGGUGUUCACAACAUUAUGAUGUGCCUGCAUCUGGUUACAACAACGUUGAUAUUUGCAGACGAUGUUGAUGUAGCUAUAGCCUACAGAACUUAACCAUGUGUUUGAAACUAGCUUUAGUACUCAACCUUAGCAGAAUAUAUACAAACAGAUUACUGAAGGAAGAAGAACAUGUAGGCUAAUCAAAGAUUUGAAAAAAAAAAAAAAAAAAGAAUAUUUCGAGGUGAGCAGUCCGUAGAGCACUGACUGCAGAUCAAACUAACAGAGGGAACUUAAUUAUCUGGAGACUGCCAUUACAUUCAUCAAAUUACUCAGGACUGGAAACCAGGUAAGCGACUCAGGGCUUCGACAACGAACAAGGAAAUUGGUUCUGUCUUAUUUAUAUCGGCUCGUUAUUUAAAAAAGAGCAGGUCUCCGCUGUCUUCCUGUUGCUCCGAGAGGAGAAAUUGACACUGAUGAUAACCCAAUUAUUCGGAGCACCAAGAGGGCCGUGUGCUCUGACGCACAUAUAAGGUCAGAUUCCACUAGCCCGUGUUCUCGUCCGAUUCCAUUCCACCGCACCGUUACCCUCGACUUUAUACGGACUCCUCUUGUCCGUGUUUUGACGUUGCCGUUGGUGACGGGCUACGCGGAGUUCUCCAGGCAGAGGGAAUUCGUAAACGCUUACAUUCUUAUAUCGCUCCAUGCUGUCGUUAAGUAGGGUACAAAACCAUUACUCGCCUGCUAGAAGCUAUGCUCUGCUAUACUUAACAGAAUAGAAGGGUUCAUCCAUCUAAUGGCGCAAAUACACUUUGCGCAUUGUUCGCUUCGCGGAUGUUUCGGUGUUCCUUAUUGAUGGUCACCGCGACUUUCAUAUAACUGGUACCCUUGGCUUAAUAUCACCUUACACCGUGUGCAAUUCUAUUGCACUCUUAUGUUAUCUUGUGUGUUACUAACCGCACAUUUUUAGGGUUUCUUUUGCUGGUUGUAUUCUGUGUGAGGAAUGAUACUCUGGUAAACUGUAGCCAAUAGCCUGUGUUUCGAUAAAUAAAAACGCCUUCCUGUCUUAAUUCGAUGUUAAAACGGUUGUUGUAAUCUUGUAGAUACUUUGUAUAGACUGGGGUGUGAGCGAGCGAGCACGUUUUUUUCCCCUGUUGGUUUUGUUGUAAAAAAUAAAGCUUAUUUAAAUAUGUA